AUGGAAAAUGCCAAUGAUGAACCUGAAACUAAAAUAGAUAAUUUGAAAGAAGAAGGAUCAACGCAAAUAUCAUCUUCAUCAUCUUUAAGUUCAACAUCAACAUCCACUACAAUUGUUAAUGGAAAUCAAGAAUCAUCAGAGAAAGCUAAUGUAGAUGAUUCAACCGUUGUAUCAAGUACCAAUGAAACUAGAAUUGAAGAAACUAUAAAACCCACGACAACCACUACGGAAAAACCCGAAGUAAAACCCAAACAAGAAGGAGAUCAAGAAGAUGAUGAAGCAGAAGCUGUACAAGAUGAAGUUGAUGAAGAUGAAGAUAAUGAAAAAAUACCAUUUAUUAAACAAACUCAUAUAAUUAUUGUACCGUCUUAUGCUUCAUGGUUUAAUAUGAAGAAGAUUCAUCAAAUUGAAAAGGAAUCAUUACCAGAAUUCUUUAAUACCAAUCAUCCAUCAAAAUCUCCUAAGAUUUAUGUUAAUUAUCGUAAUUUUAUGAUUAAUUCUUAUCGAUUAAAUCCUAAUGAAUUUCUUACUAUAACUUCAUGUCGUCGUAAUUUAGUUGGUGAUGUGGGAACUAUUAUGAGAGUUCAUAGAUUUUUAUCUAAAUGGGGAUUAAUUAAUUAUCAAGUUCGUCCCCAAUUUAAACCUGGUUAUGCAAUUGAAAAAUUACCUAAUGGACAUCUGGUUGGUUUACCUUAUACAGGAGAUUUUCAUAUUAAAUAUGAUACUCCUCGAGGUUUAUUCCCAUUUGAUACAUUUAAAGUAAAUCCUGAACGAGCUGAUAUUGGGAAAUUAAAAGAAAUAUUAAUUAAUUCAAAUUCAGAUAAUUCAACCAUUAAUUCUUCAAUUUCAACUACAAAUUCUGAAAAUGGUCAUAAUGAUAAAAAACAUUCAUUAAAUGAAGAAGAUGAAAAUAUUUCAGAACCACCAUUAAAAAAAUUAAAUGAUGGUUGGACACUUGAACAAGAAAGUAAAUUAAUUGAAGGAAUUAAAAAAUUUAAAAAUGAUUGGUAUGCAAUUGCUAGUCAUGUUGAAACCAAAUCUAUUGAAGAAUGUAUUUAUAAAUUUUUAAAAUUCCCUAUUGAAGAUAAAUUUAAUCCUGUUAAGGAUAAAGAUAGUUCAAGUCUUGAAUUAUUAAAAUUUGCUAGUAAUAAUCCUAUUAAUAGUUUUGAAAAUCCAUUUUUAAGUAAUUUAUCAUUUAUUGCUAAAUUGGUUGAUAGUGAUGUGGCUAAAGCUGCUAUUGAAGAAUCUUUGAUUAAUAAAGAAAAUGAGCAUAAAGAAGAAGAUAAAAAAGAAGAAGUUAAAGAUUCUGAAUCUGAAGUAAUUAAAUCAUCAAAAGAUACUAUACAUAAUAUUAAUGCUACGACAUUUGGAAUUGUGGGAGGUAAAAGUCAUUUAUUUGCUAGUUAUGAAGAACGAGAAAUGCAUAAGUUAAGUAAUACUAUAGUUAAUAAUCAAUUAUCAAAAAUUGAUGUUAAAUUAACUAAAGUAGCUGAAUUAGAAAAGAUUUAUGAACGAGAACGGAAAGAAUUAUCUAAACAACAACAAGCUAUAUUUAUUGAUAGAUUAGCCUUAGCAAAAUCUACUAUUAGUAUAACAAAGAAAUUAGAUAAUAUUAUAAAUUUACUUGAAAGUGAAGGUAAUAAAGAUGGUAAUAAUAAAAUUCAUAAACUUUUGAAUGAAGCUAAAAGUUUAUUAUUUAAACCCGUAUCUAAUAAAUUAAAUUCAACUAUUAGUGAAAGUGAAAUUAUUAAAGAAACUGAAACUAAAUUAAGUAAUACAUCAUCAGUUAAUAUUGCUCCAGUUAAUUUAUCAAAUGAUGAUUUAAGACCUCCAUCAUUAAGGAAACCAGAUACAUUUAAGCUUUGGAUUCCAUAA